CACGGCCGAGCUGCCUGGCUGGGGGAAAGGGGCGAGGAGGGGGGAAAGGCAUCCCUGCCUCUGGUGGGAUUUGCUUUGCCGGCCGAGCUCGCUCUCUGGAAGCCGGUCACUGCUCUGGGCAUCUUCACGGGUCUUGGAGCGGUGCAAAGAAAGCAUUGGAGAGAGAUAUUUUUAGAUGCUCUUUGUGCUCGGAGAGCAGAAACGCGCUGUGGUUUGAAGGCCAUUAGCUUGCUAGGGAUGUUUGAAAAACUUAAAUAAGGGCUUAAGAUUUGGGAAGGUGUUUGACACGAUGGGACGUAGCAUUUUUGCAGAGACGAUGGCAAUUUUUGGGCUGAGCAUCAUAGCGGACACCCCAGGAGGAGCCUGCCCGCGGGACUGCCGGAGCCGGGCAAUCUGGCUUGUUUAGCUGCCACGUGGACAACCAGCGGGGCCGGGGCGGACGAUCCCCCAAGCGGGCGCGUUCGCAUUGUUCGUGGGGGAACGUCUGCCAUUAAUGGCUGCGGAGGAGGCGUGGGAAGAGAGCGGACGAGAGAUCCGCAUGUCAGACCAGAACAGCACCGACGAUGGGGAGUCAGACCCCCAGCACAGCCUGUCUAUGGUCUUCCUCCUCGUCCUCGUCUUCUUCAUCAUGGGGCUGGUGGGUUUCCUGAUCUGCCAUGUCCUGAAGAAGAAGGGUUACCGGUGCCGGACUUUCCGGGAUGAGCUCGACCCAGAUAACAAAGAUGUGCUGGCGGAGCUCCAGGGCAAUGAAGAGGAGGAGCUGAACGAGGACACUGUGGAGAAGAUCGUGAGAUGCAUCAUCCAGAAUGAAGCAAAUGCGGAGGCCCUCAAGGAGAUGCUGGGGGACAAUGAAGGGGACAUCCCAGUGCCAGUGCCCAGCCUUUGUCCUCACCGAAACAGCCAGGACGGGGGCCCACCGCAUCACCACACAGUGCAUCUGGGCUCCACGCAGGCCCCCUGCAUCCACUGCAGCAAGAGGAAGAGGCACCCACUGCAUCGGCAAGGACGGUCCAAGGAUGGCAAGGGCAGGAUGCAUCCUGGAGAGACCACUGUCUUCUCCGUGGGCAGGUUUCGUGUCACACACAUUGGGAAGAAACCCACUUUCCACGAGCAGCAGGACGGUCCCCUGCCCGACGGCAGCCGGGAGCCGAGCACGGAGGAGCUGGAGCACAGCAGCGACCGGCUCCAGCGGGAGCGGGCUCGCAAUGGGACUGUCCCGGCGGGUGGCCUGCAGAAUGGAGCCGUCCAGAAGGGCGCCCAGAGCAGCAAGGCUGGGGAGCAGAGCCGCUCCACCACCCCAGCCCUGAACACACCUCCCAGCUCCAGCACUCGCGGCAGCAGGCGGGCAGGCAAGGGGUCCGGCACGGCCAGCUCGCUGCAGGAUGCUGGCACCGCUCCCGGGAGCGCCAGCCGUCAGAGGAAGCUCCUGAGCCACCGGGUGCUGGGAGGGUCAAGUCCCAGCAUCCCGGGAGAGCUGGUGCAGGAAGGAGCCAGCAUCUGCCUGGAGGAGACCGGACUGGGGUCAGCAGAUGAAGUGUCAGAUAUUCACGGGAGCCUGAGUCUGCACGAACAGGCUGAUGAGUUGGGAAGAGAUGACAGCAGCAGAAAACAGCCUGGAGUGGAGGACGUGAGGCACCAGGAGCCCAGCACCGCGGUGCAGGACCGAGGAGCAACUGUGUGACGUGAGUGCUCAUCCCCAGCCCCUGGGGCGAUGGCCGGGGUGGGGUGGGAAGGUGCUGGCAGUGUUCCCCGCCCUGGUGGGUCACAGCCCGGUGAUGGAGACAGAAAGCAAACCCCUUCUCCAGGAGGGUCAGUUCCCGAUGCACCGGGUCCUGCAUGGGCAGGUCCUCUUGCCCGCGU